AUGUCUUUACGUACUGGCCCCUUGAACCAUGAGAACUUCUAUAUCUCCUUCCCCCAUGAGCGGGUUCUGCUGGUCACAAUCAACCGACCAAACAAGCUAAACUGCAUCGACACCAAAUUAAGCCGAGAAAUUGCUAGGAUCUGGGCGCGAUUUGAUGAAGAUGAAAGUUUAUGGGUUGCCAUCAUCACUGGCGUUGGGCGAGCUUUUUGUACAGGGGCUGACCUCGGAGAAUGGAACGCGAUGAACAAGGCUGGGGUCGUCAAUGAUAUGUCCGCACCGGGGCUGGCCGGACUACCUCGUCGGACCGGCAAGAAACCGAUCAUUGCCGCCGUGAACGGCAUCUGCAUGGGCGGAGGCUUCGAAAUGGUGGCAAAUUGCGACCUUAUCUUGGCUUCAUCCUCCGCGGUUUUCUCCCUUCCGGAGGUGAAACGAGGAAUCGUGCCCGUUGCUGGCUGUUUGCCGCGGUUAAGCCGUACCAUCGGCCUCCAACGCACAAUGGAUCUCGCCCUUACCGGCAGAAACGUGAGCGCCACAACGCUACAUGACUGGGGUCUGGUUAGUCAGGUGGUCGAUUCAUCGGCCGAUGUCGUCCGUGCAGCGGUCGACGUUGCCGAGAUCAUGUGCAAAAACAGUCCCGACGCUCUUAUUGUCGCCCGCCUGGGUGUUCGCAUGAGCUGGGAUGCUGGCAGCGUGGAGGAUACAGUCACCGAAUUAGCGGAUCAAUGGUAUCCUCGGUUGAUCGCUGGUCCUAACUUUGCCGAAGGCAUUCAGGCUUUUGUGGAAAAACGGUCCCCGAGCUGGAAGAACUCGAAGUUGUGA